AAAAAAGGACGCAUUCGCGGCUGGCUUACGGUCCGUAGGCGCGCGCGCCGGAAAAUCAUUCGAUCUAAUCUGGCGCUUCGGUCGAACGUCGUCCAAUCGGAAAGUGGCCUCAACUUUUAAAAUAAAUUUACACCAAUCGAACUUUACGAUUUUAAAAAUGUUUUACACAAUUUUUAAGUGGUUGUGCAUUUAAGCGUCUUCAAUGAACGCUCCGAUAACCAGUGCUACGCUUUCUUUUUAAAUAAAAAAUGAACAUAAUAAUAAUAUAUUAUUCACGGACAUUCCAAAGGUUUUAAAAUGUUCAAAGUUUUGAUUUUCAAAACGACGAUAUGGACAUUUGAAAUAUGAUUGUGAUUUUAAAACGUUUGUUACAAUUACGAACGUGCACUACAAGAUAGUUUUAUUAAGGAGUUAAACAAAAACUAGUCAAGAUGAUGUCCAAAAAGCAAUUGGCGUGUAUGCUAGCACUGCACAUAGUGUAUUUGUUGGUCGGCGCGAGUAUUUUUUACCAUAUAGAAAGUCCCCUGGAAUUGGCGCAAAGGGCUGAAGAAAAACUGGAAAGACUUGAAAUCCAAAGUCUGCUUUACGAAAAUUAUAUCCCGAACGAUCCCGAAAAGCAGGACAGCAUACUGCGCAAGCUGUCCGAAUAUUGCGGCAAGUCCAUGUUUAACUAUACCACAGAAGACGCCGAACCCCCGUUCAAGUGGGACUUCUACCACUCUUUCUUCUUCUCUUAUACUGUCGUCAGUACCAUUGGUUACGGAAAUCUGGCACCUACUACGCACCUUUCAAGAAUUUUAAUGAUAUUUUACGGAUUGUUUGGGAUUCCAAUCAAUGGUAUCCUCCUCGCAAAUCUUGGCGAAUAUUUCGGCCUCCAGCUCAUUUCUGUAUACCGCAAGUAUAAGAGAAAAGAUGAGAGGCGUGCUGAUAAGCUGGAUUAUUUCUUCAGUAACCUGGGCAUGCUUGGCCAAAUCUUCCUGUACCUAGUACCAGGAUUUUUGUUCUUCAUAUUCUUGCCUGCCUGCAUUUUCAUUGUUUUUGAAGGCUGGGAUUAUGUGGCUGGAAUAUAUUAUGCAUUUGUUACUUUAACUACUAUUGGUUUUGGCGAUUUAGUAGCAGGAACUGUAAAUAAUGGCUUCAAGUCUGGUUAUUUUAUGGCAUACCAAAUCUUCCUUAUUAUAUGGAUUACCUUCGGCCUCGGGUAUAUUGUGAUGCUACUAGGUUUUAUAACCAGCGGGAUGAGAUCUGAGAGUGUCCACAGGCUGGAGCAAAAAUUCGCCUGUCAGUUGAAAUCAACACAAAGUAAAAUAUUGCAAGGCUUUACCAGAGAUAUUGCUAUAAUAAGAAAAAUUGUUAAUGAAGCCAAUUUAUUAAAAGUUAAACCUGUCUACGUAAAAGCUACGCCGUUCCUAUAUAGAAGUUCAAGUUGCCCUAAUUUCACGUUUGACAUAGAACCUAGAGACCCUGUCGUUAAGCGGAAACGAGCAAACUCUGAAAACAUUCAACUUUCCGCGAAAGAUAUGCUUCGUAUCCAGUCGGAUACUGAUCUUCUUGGAAUAGACAAAGAAAAGACAUUUACUGCAUCAGCUAUCGUAAAACCAGUGGAACUUUUAGCUAGAGUUGUAAAUGUUUUAGGUGGAUUUGAAGCACAAAAUCGAGACAGAGGUAUCAAUAUUUUUGAUGACGAUCAUAUUUUAGCAAGUGAAAAGCCACCUCUUUUUAGCAUUGGCCAAGAUUACUUACCUAGUACUCCAAACAGUAUGAGAACCAGAGCCUUGAGUGUGGCAGUACCAAAUUACAGAAAAGAAUCUGUUGCAAAAGUAGAUCAUGACUUUACAUGGACUAAUGGCGAUACAGCUGAAAAGUAUAGAAAAGAGGCCAAUAUGCGUAGUGGUAAGCUAUCUCUGCCAGCGUCUAUGACACAAAAUGAUACAAGUUCCCAAUCCAGAAGCCUGUUUUCUCGUCUGUUUAGAAAACCAAGCUCUACUGAAAGUCCUGCAGAAUACAUAAAGAAUACUAUGAAGGGAAGACUAAGCAGUCCUCAGGGACCUGCAGAAAAUCACAAAGACAAAGAAAGGCGCGGCAGUAUUUUCCCGACAUUUGGUAUUGGAGAUACACAAAAAAGCCAUGUAGAUGCCUAUAAAGAAAAUACAAAACGGGGGAGGCACAGCAUUUUUCCUUCAUUUGACUUCUCUGAGGAUGAAGAUAGAGCAGCCACUAGGGCUUACCAACACAAACCUAAAAGACACAGCAUUUUUCCAACUUUCGAUUUUAGUGAAGAUGAGGAUGCAGGUGCUAAAGCAUACAGAGAAAGGACUAGGUCUGGUAGGCAUAGCAUAUUUCCAACAUUUGAUUUUAGUGACCCAGAUGAUGACGCAAAACGUUACAAAGAAAAUACAAGACGUGGCAGACAUAGUAUUUUUCCGACCUUUGACUUUAGCGAUCACACUAGUAAUGAUGAAGAUACUGUUGAUGAGGAUGAUAUACAAAAGUAUCAUAAUCGUACUAGAAGAGGACGGCUUAGUCUUUUACCUACAUUUGGUAGAUCAAAGAAAAGUGACGAUGAAGCGAUGCCGGAAAGCUCGGAUGAAUUAGUUAACUAUAAGGAAAAAACACGUCACGGUCGCAGUAGUCUUUUUCCGUCUUUUGGCAAAAGUAGAAAAAUUAGUACACCGGAAAAUCGCACCAGUGAUCUUGAGACUAGUAUCAAACAGUAUCAAAAUCAAACAAAAAUGGGUCGGAGCAGUUUAUUUGCUGGUGACGUAAAUAGCUUUAGGCAAGCUACUGAAGGUGGCAGCGGAAAUCUUUUUUCUAGUGAAUUAGAUAAUUACAGAAAUAGAACUCGCCAUGGACGUCCUAGUUUAUUUGAUCCUGACGUAAAUAUUUCAAAUCUUCCAGAAUCAGAGCAAGUUGAAGUACUGGAAAAUACAAGUGUAGCGGACCUACUGCGAGCUUUAGCUGUUAUAGACACUGUUAACGAUCAAAGUACUUCAGAUGGACUUGGUUCUUUAGAUCCAACAUCUUCAAAAAGACGCGGGUCUAUAAGACCUGACUUUAAUUUACCGAUUAUACCUGGAAAAGGAGAUUUAGAAGAAAUUAGUGGACCAAGAAGAAGAAGAAUAUCUGUGCGAGCUGCAGCUCCCCAGUUUACUCCCACGUUGGCUACAGUUGUUGCAGGGGCUGAACUGCAAAUCACAGCAGCAGCACAAAGAGAAAAUCGUAUGUCGAUGUUGAUGCAAGCUCCUCCACCAUACUCAGAAAGUGCUAGUGAAAUUCAAACUCCAAGAACUAGAAGGUAUUCGCCAGCACCCGCUGUUGCAGAAUCAAGUAGAUCAGGCAUAGCACCAGUAACUAGACUUUUCACACGAAUGCGAAAAGAAAGUGCCUCUGCAAGCGAUGAGGGUUCAAGACGCAGCAGUUUAACCGAUAUUGUGAUAGAUAAUAAUAAAGAAAAAGAUAAUACGUAACACAGUGCCAGUAAUACCUUAGUGCAAUUAGUAGAGUUAAGUUUUUAAUUUAUGAAUUAUUAUUUAUAUUGGAGUAAAAUAAGCCGUCCAGUUUAGUAACUUUAU